AUGCCGAUUAAUGAUCUCGUGUGCAGGCUCGAUUUCGCUUCCCUUGUUUCGGUUGCAAGUGCACAUGGACUUAUUGCUCCUGGUGGUCAAUGGACGUUAGAUAGUAUCGCCAGCGAGCUGAUUUCUCAUCGUUGUUGGCUUUGUGCAAGGGUUUUUCCGUCGUUUCGCAUUGACAUUCCCGCGUUAACGUCGUUGUCGAGCAGUGGGUCGUUUGGGUCGCCUUCGCGUCCGCAAGUAACGGAGGCCGAUCCGGUCACCUUUCCCCCCUGUCCGUUGAGCGUAAACGAUAAGUUGACGAUUUUGCGCGAUUGGCAUGAUACCGUUGACGUUCCGGCUAUAUGUGAGAAGCCGUGCGCUGUAUGUGCACGGUUGACGCUUGAUAAAGACAUCAGUACAGUUCCGUUGGAUACUGUGGAUGUUUCUGCUUUGCAUCGCGCGGGUGAGUUCGUGACCCGCAUUGAGCGUCGUUCCAUUGAUGACGCUAUUGAGCCUGUGGUCGGUCCUGUGUUGUACGCUCCUGCUGUUCAUGUCGUGGGCGGUGUAACGUUCGUCGAUGUGUGCGAGUCGUGUCGUACGGCACUGGACAUGCGACGCGGUUUACCGAAGGAGGCGCUCGCUAAUGGGCUGUGGGUCGGAGACAUUCCUUCAGUUCUGCGUGAACUCACGUUUGUGGAGCAGAUGUUGGUUGCUAAAGUGAGGCAUAACUCAUUCGUUGUGAAGGUUAACAAGGGUCAACGGAAGAUGAUCGCGAACACGAUCGCAUUCGCGCAACCGUUGGAAAAGGUCUACAGCGUGCUGCCUCCUCCCCGAGAUGAGCUGGACGACGUUCUCGCUAUUCUAUUCACCGGUCCUUGUCGUCCUACUGAAGAGGACUUUAAGCGGACUCCGUUGCUGGUACGCCACGCAGUCGUUCUUGCCGCGCUGAAUUGGCUUGUUCUUAACCACUGCGAUUAUGCUGGGGUGUUCAUCUCUCGUGCAAACCUUGCUACAUAUCCCGAGAACGAGCCGCCAGUCACCGUUCUAAGACGCUUGUCAGAUGGAACUACCCCUGCCGAGUCGAUGUCUGUGCACGAAGUUGAUGAGGAACGAGGAACGGUUGACGGACCGUGUCCGUUCGUCGUCUGUGGUUUAUCAGCCGCUGACAUUGCUACUAUG